AUGUCUUCCGACGAAAUUGUCUGGCAGGUUAUUAACCAGCAGUUUUGUUCUUACAAGCUCAAAACAACCAAGGGCCAGAAUUUCUGUCGCAAUGAAUACAACGUCAGCGGACUUUGCAAUCGCCAGUCAUGCCCCCUGGCAAAUUCCCGAUACGCUACGGUGCGGUCGGAUCCCGAGACGGGAGUGAUGUAUCUCUACAUGAAGACGGUGGAACGGGCUCACAUGCCCAGCAAAUUGUGGGAGCGAGUCCGACUAUCGUCCAACUACGCCAAGGCACUGGGCCAACUUGACGACCGAUUGAUCUACUGGCCGAAAUUCCUGAUUCACAAGUGCAAGCAGCGUCUCACGCGGUUGACGCAGGUCGCCAUCCGGAUGAAGAAGCUGGCCAAGGAGGAUGAGCGCUUAGGUGAGACGAUUGUGCCGAAAUUGGCGCCUAAGAUUCGGCGGAGAGAAGAGACUCGUGAGCGCAAGGCCGAGUCGGCGGCCAAGGUUGAGCGCGCUAUUGAGCGUGAGCUUAUUGAGCGUCUGCGCAGUGGCGCGUACGGUGACCGGCCGCUCAAUGUGGAGGAGGGUAUCUGGAAGAGGGUUCUCCGUGGAUUGGAGCGUGCUGGUGAGGGUGAGAGAGACGAGGACAUGGAUGACGGCGAGGAGGUUGAGGAGGAGGAAGAGGGUGUCGGAGACGUUGAGUACGUCAGCGAUCUUGGAGAGGAGGAAGACCUCGAGGAUCUCGAAGAUUGGAUCGGUGGCGAGUCCGCAGACUCGAGCGAUUACUCAGACGAGGAUGAUGAGAGCGACGACGAUAGCGAUGAUGAUGAAGACAGCGAUGAGCAGAGUGAGGAGGAACAGCAGCCUAAGCAGAAACCUGGAGAGAAGCGGAAGCGUGGACCCCCGCAAUCCAGGCCCAAGAAGAAGGGACCUCGGAUUGAGAUCGAAUACGAAACUGAGGGAGCCGGCAAGGAGAAUGUCAUGGCCUAA